AUGGAGAUGGCAUCGAAAGCGGGUUUGGGCACCAAGAGCAUCAUUAUUCUGGGCGCCUCCGCCGUCGACCGAUCAGACCCCAGCAAAGAGGUCCGCAACAGCUUUUGCAACUGGAGGAAGAAAUUUUCCAGCACCAGCAUUCAGGGUGCCUUCAUGCUCCCCGACUGCCCUAGCCACGCCGCGCGCUGUGGAGACCGACCCAACUUGUGCAAGGAGGAGGAGAAGGACCACUGGAAAUGCAAAUGUACACUUGGCUAUGAGGGAGACCUGAAGAUUCCCGGUCUUCAGGAGACGCCCAGCAGAGGGCCCUUCAACUACGAGGGCGAGUGCAAGCCAAUCUCAGGCUACUGCCCGGUGAAUGGCAAAUACCCCUUGAAGCAGCUGAACGGAGCGAACGCCGUGGGAUUUCUUGGGGAGACGGUGACGCCCCAGUGCCCCACGGGCUUCGAGGCCACCGGCUCCAGCGAGUGUGCGGAGAGCCAAUCUCACGAGGGCAAGUGGUCUCCAGAGCCACGCUGCGACUUCCUGCCAUCGACGAUGCCGCAGAAGCCGUUCUGUUUGGCGCCAGAGCACAAGGGCAGUUUGCAUCUCACCAAAUGCAAUAUGUGCAGUGCCGUGGAACCGGGAAAGAAGGGACCCAGUUGCGACUGCGAGGUGCAGUGUGCCACGGACUAUGAAGUCCUGGGUGAGAAGAAGGGCGGAAAGAAGGCCUGUAUUGCCAAGGAGUUCCCAUGUCCUCCAGCCACUCUGAAAGACUCCCAAUGUGUCAACAGCGACACCAACGAACCCACCCAGCCAUUCUGCUGCGAUGAGGCCUGGGGGCCCAACAUUCCUCCACCAUCCCUUACGGCGCGCACCUGCAGUGAGAUUAAAGAGGACAAAGAAUGCCUCACCAGUCAACAGUCUGCCAGUGGUGCGGAUGCAGAGAAGGCCGGCGAGCCCUGUUGCUGGAGCCGCAGCAGUAGCACCUGUACGGUGAAGUCAGAGGAGAGCCAAUCGCCCUGCGCUGUGGCCAAACGAGUGAUGGUCGCCGAAUGGCAGGAUUUGCCCACCUGUGUGCCUCCAUGUGAAGAUAACUUCGACACUGGCUUCCUGGAAACCCAGGACUGCGAAAAGUGCUACCCUUCGGGCACCACGGCCCAGCCCUGCGGGUGCCAGGUGAAGUGCCAUGGUGACAGUGUUCGCAUUGGGGGCGGCCUUGAAGGAAACAGGACUUGCGAGGCCAAGCCGGAGGUGGGCGGAUUUCAGUUUGACGGCUCCUCACCCGCGUGCUGGUCGAGGCCACCACCUCUACUGUGCCCCAGCGUGGAGGGCACCGGGCGCGAAGUCGAGGGCUGUGAUUGCGAGGUGGGAGAUGAGAAGUGUGAGUGCAAGAUCAGCUGCCAGUAUGGCUUUACGCAAACCUCCCCGAAGACGGGGCCUCCCAAAUGCCACGAGAAGCCCUUGGAGUCAGAGGUGAAGGAUUGCAUGACCAUGACCGAUGCCAACGAAUGCUUGAAGAGCCAUGCGAAGAGCGAGGGCGCGGCGCCCGUGCCCUGUUGCCAUCGGAAGGAGCCGUGCCCCCGAACUGGUAGUGAGAAGAGCCGUGUGCCCCGUGUGCCCCUCCCGAUUUACAUCCACUUUGUGUCAAGCGCGACGGCUGGACAGCAGGACGGGUUUGGCACCGACCUUUUCUGCCUGCCAUCGGGCGACCCUCGCAUCAGUCCAGAACCCCAAUCGGUCGCGGCAGCAGAUGCGCGCGUGGGCCGCAGCAAAUCAUCCACUCAGCUCUUCUACUACAUUUAA